AUGUUUUCUUGGUCAUUUUUUAUUUUUUUGUCUUUAUUUAAUUUUGAAGUAUUUUCUAAUCAAUGGCAUGAAAAAUCAUCAAAAGGAAUACGAUAUGACAACUAUCAUUUAUUUCGUAUAAAAUGUAAUUCAAAUAUAUCAGUUGAAAAGUUAAAUAACUGGCUAGAAAAAUUUGAAGAGAAACAGUUAAGUGAUAAAAAUAGUUAUCUUUCAACACAUCAAAAUUCUUUUGAUAUAUGGUCACCAGCACAUAAUCUUAAACCAUAUGCAGACGUUUUGGUGUCUCCUGAAAUUGUUUAUGUAUUUAAAGAAAAACUAAUAAAUGAGGGUUUUAAUAAUUAUAAAAUUAUACAUAAAAAUGUUCAAAAACAUUUGGAAGGAGAAAAAAAAAACUUACAAAAUGAAGAACAUACUUUUAGACGAAAAAAAAGAAGUAUUGAUGAUUCAUCAUUAUUUUUCAAUAUUUUUACAUAUAAUUCAGUUGAUAAUAUAAAUAAAUAUAUGAUAAAUAUGGUUAAUAAAUAUCCACAGUAUAGUCAAUUAUUAAAUGUCACAAAAACAUAUGAAAAUCGUGAUAUGUUAGGAAUUAAAAUUGGUAUACCAGGAAUAUAUAAACCAGCUAUAAUUAUUGAUGCUGGAGUUCAUGCUAGAGAAUGGAUAGCACCUGCUUCAGCCAUAUAUAUAAUAAAUCAACUUUUAACAAUGGUUAAUAAAGAUAAUGACAUUAAAUAUGUCAUAGAAAAAUUUGAUUGGUAUAUAAUUCCAUUAGCAAAUCCAGAUGGUUACCAAUAUAGUAUGGAACAGGAUCGUAUGUGGAGAAAAACAAGAUCAAUAAAUAAAACAAUUAGUAAAUGGUGUAUUGGUGCAGAUGCUAAUAGAAAUUGGGGAUAUAAAUGGGGUGAAAUAGGAGCUAAUAGAUCACCAUGUUCUAAUAUAUAUUCUGGUAGUGAACCAUUUAGUGAAAUUGAAACAAAAGGUCUUAAAAAUUUUAUUACUUAUAAUGUAUAUGAUCCUCAAAUUUAUAUAUCAUUACAUUCAUAUGGUCAAGUUUUUUUAGCACCAUGGGGUUAUACAAAUGAUUUACCAAUUAAUCAUAAAGAUCAAAAAAAUGCUGCUUUAAUGGCUUUAGAUGCAAUAAAAAAUAUAAGUGGUGCUGAAUAUAUGUUUGGAACAAUAAGUGAAAUGAUGUAUCCAGCAUCUGGAACAAGUAUAGAUUAUAUGCAAAAUUAUGGUGUACCUUAUAUUUAUGGUAUAGAAUUAAGACCUGGUGAUGAUGAUAUAUAUGGAUUUAUAAUACCUUCAAAAUUUAUUGAACCAUCUGGUAAAGAAGUAUUAAGUGCUUGUAUAAAAUUGUGUCGCUAUGCUUUAUCAAAAUCAAAUUUGAAUUAA